AGAUUUUUUGACCGUGCUGUUGUGUUGCUGUCUCCCCCAGUCUUUCAAAGAUUCCUGCCACAAAUUCUACCACGCAGAGAUGGAAGAGCUCGACUUCCUCAAGGCUGCAGAGGAGGCCAGGACACACAUAAACUCCUGGGUAGCAAAGAAGACAGAAGGUAAAAUUACAGAGUUGCUGUCUCCAAAUUCAGUUAAACCAGAUACUCAUCUGGUUCUUGUGAAUGCCAUCUACUUCAAAGGAAACUGGGAUACUCAGUUUAACAAAGAACACACCAUGGAAAAGUCAUUUAAAAUCAGCAAGAAUGAGGAGAAGCCUGUGCAAAUGAUGUGUAAGAGAGCUACCUUUAAUAUGACUUACAUAGGAGAAAUAUCCACCAAAAUUCUGGUGCUGCCUUAUGUGGGCAAAGAGCUGAAUAUGAUCAUCCUGCUUCCGGAUGAAAACGUCAAUCUGGAAACGGUGGAAAAAAACCUUACUUAUGAGAAAUUCAUGCAAUGGACCAGGCCAGAUAUGAUGGAUGAAGAAGAGGUGGAUGUGUCCCUGCCUAGAUUUAAACUGGAGGAGAAUUACGACAUGGAGGAUGUACUUCGCUCUCUGGGCAUGACUGAUGCCUUUGAGCCAGCCACAGCAGACUUUUCUGGAAUGUCAUCUGGGAGAGACCUGAUUCUGUCCAAGGUCGUGCACAAGUCCUUUGUGGAGGUCAACGAGGAAGGCACGGAGGCUGCAGCUGCCACUGCUGCCUUGCUAAAGUGUGCAUGUUUUAUAAUCACCCCCAGUUUCUGUGCUGACCACCCCUUCCUUUUCUUUAUUCAGCACAGCAAAACCAACAGUAUUCUGUUCUGUGGCCGAUUCUCCUCCCCUUAAGGAAAUGGUCAGCACUGCCUGUAGCUCUACUCCUUUCUCCUAUUGACCCACUUUUCCUCUGACACUUUACAAUGUACCUGCACCCAAAGUGACCUUGAUAACAAUCCAAAAAUAAAGGGCCUGAAUUUGAA